CUGAGGGCAGGGCUAAGCAGCAGCCAUUUCUAGUACAAAGUCGGCCAGAACAAACAGCAACAACAGCAUGCACUCUCACCAUUCUCACUCAGGUCAAUUUUGCAGACAUGCUAAUGGAGCGCUGUCUGAAGUCGCGCAAGCCGCGGUACUAAAAGGGUUCAGUGUCUAUGGCCUGACUGAACACGCGCCGCGGUAUCGCACUCGAGAUCUGUAUCCUGAGGAAUCCGAUCUAUCAAUCGAAGACCUCUCUUCCGCGUUCGAUACCUUUGUCAAUGAGGCUCAUAAUGUACGAGAGGAACAUUCAUCCUCCGCGACAGCGUUCCUCGUGGGCCUCGAAACAGACUACAUUACCGACCUCGACCUUGUUAUGACUGAGAACCUACUUGCCAGACAUGGAGAUAAAUUUGACUAUAUCGUGGGGUCCAUACAUCAUGUCAACGAGAUCCCCAUAGAUUUCGACAGAGAGACAUUCGAGAGGGCGUUGGGUUCGUUUGGAGGGUCGGAUGCUCCUGAUUCCACCACGGCAUCCCUUAUUAAUCAAGACAUACCCCAAAACUACCAGGAUUUGAUUAUUUCUUAUCUAGACUCCCAGUACAAGCUCAUGCAAGGGCUUCAUCCUGAAAUUAUCGGCCACUUCGACCUUUUCCGACUGUACAAUCCCUCAAUCACUUUUUCAGCUAGUUCCACACCUGCCAUUUGGGAGCGAAUUAUGCGAAACGUUCAAUAUGCAAUCGAGUACGGCGCUCUGUUCGAGGCAAAUGCAGCUGCGUUCAGAAAGGGAUGGGACACUGCCUACCCAGGAAAGGAAAUUGCGCGGCUCAUUGUAGACCAUGGCGGCCGUUUCGCUCUCUCAGACGAUUCGCAUGGACCAGAAUUCAUUGGCUUGAACUACAGCAGACUGAGAGCUUAUCUGCACGAUGUCCUUGAGGUCCCAACAAUCUACCAUCUUGAACAGAGCCGGGUGUGCAAUAGAGGCGGGAGGAAAGUCAGAGCCGUCGCAUCGACUGGUUUGUGGUGGGAAGACCCAUUUUGGAAGCAAGUCUGAUUGAUUUAUUGCUACCCAUGUCCAAUGUCGUGUCACAGAAGAUCAGCAGGUGUGACCAACACACAUAUGUCCCAAAUGCAUACUAGCAUAGAUACAAUCAACUAACCGUUGCCUUAUCGUCGGUCGAGCUAGGGGGAAGAGGAGUGUGACUCGUAGAGCUAGACUUGACGUUUUUUU